CCGGUAGUAGGGGCUUGUGUGUUCUGUGUGUGAGCAGAGAUGAAAGUGAGCGAUGGUGAAAACUGAUUAAUACACUAUUUAAAAUAAUUCUUAGUGACUGGAGUCGCUGCGGCCUCCCCUGAGCGGUGAGGAGAGGAUGGAGGCGGCGAGUCUGGAGUGUCUGGAGCUUCUUUACCGCAGUGCGGAUUAUCUGGUGGUGAACAAACACUGGGACAUCCGCAUAGAUGGGAAGUUCUGGGCCGAAGAGCGUACAGUGCAGAAACAGCUCCAGCACCAUUUCCCCCAGCUCGUGGACCCCGCUACCUACUACGGCUUCAGGUUUUGUCAUCAGCUGGAUUUCUCUACCAGCGGAGCUCUGUGUGUGGCUCUGAGUAAAGCUGCGGCGGGCAGAGCGUAUCACUGCUUCAAAAACAGACUCGUCAUCAAGGCCUACCUCGCUCUGGUUCGAGGUUCCGUGGUCGAUGAGAAAAUGACGAUUGAUUGCGCGAUCGGGAAGAGCAGCACGGAGGGAAAAACUCACAUGAUGUGUGUGGAGGGGACAGACGGAUGUGAGAAUCCCAAACCCAGCCUGACGGAGUUGACGGUGUUGGAGUUCGGAGCUUAUGAUGGAGAUCCGGUCACUAAAGUUCUCCUCCAGCCUCGGACAGUGUUUUCUUUGGCAGGACGCACCCAUCAGCUUCGUGUCCACUGCACCUCUAUUGGUCACCCCAUAGUUGGCGACUACACCUACAGCCUGGGCUCGGACAGCAGCCCGUACCGCAUGAUGCUCCAUGCUUACCUGCUGCGCAUCCCUCUGGAAGACGAACCCCUCGAGGUCACAGCCCCGGACCCCUUCCUGCCCUGCGUCGACCCCAAAUGGACCCCACAGAGACGGGUGAGGACCGUGGAGAGCGUGGUGGAAGACAUUUUAUCGAGGCCACUUGCCAAGGAGACAGAGAGCUUGGAGGAGUGUUCGCAUGAGGAGAGAAUCAGACCAGAGGAGACCGAAGAGACAAAGGUCCAGUGCCAGCACUGGCUCUCGGAGUGGCCUGUGGACUGAGGAUCCAGCGAUGUUCAUAUUAUAGUGAUGUUUAUAUUAUUAUACCUGCUUACAGCAGCAUCAUAGAUUUAGAGGAGAUUUAGCAAUAUGGAAAUAUGGAAUUGCAAGGACAAUAACCGUUUUGUAGCAUUGGUUAACAGUGUUGCAGUGCAGUGGCAGCAGCGUUGAAUGUGUCCUGCAGGGCUACUUCAGGUUUUAACUCGUGUGUGUGUGUGUGUGUGUGUGUGUGUGUGUGUGUGUGUGUGUGCGCGUGUGUGUAUGUAUAUGUGUGUGUGUGUGUGUGUGU